UUCUCUCUCCCUCUCUCUCUCCCUCUCCCACCUCUCUCUCUUUCGGUCUCUUCCUCGCUCCCUCUCUUUCUCUCCUCCCUCUGCCUUCCCCGUGCAUAAAGUCUCGGUCGCUCCCGGAACUUGUUGGCAAUGCCUAUUUUCCAGCUUUCCCCCGCGUUCUCUAAACUAACUAUUUAAAGGUCUGCGGUCGCAAAUGGUUUGACUAAACGUAGGAUGGGACUUAAGUUGAACGGCAGAUACAUUUCACUGAUCCUCGCGGUGCAAAUAGCGUACCUGGUGCAGGCCGUGAGAGCAGCGGGCAAGUGCGAUGCGGUCUUUAAGGGCUUUUCGGACUGUUUGCUCAAGCUGGGCGACAGUAUGGCCAACUACCCGCAGGGCUUGGACGACAAGACGAACAUCAAGACCGUGUGCACAUACUGGGAGGAUUUCCACAGCUGCACGGUCACAGCCCUUACGGAUUGCCAGGAAGGGGCGAAAGAUAUGUGGGAUAAACUGAGAAAAGAAUCCAAAAACCUCAACAUCCAAGGCAGCUUAUUCGAACUCUGCGGCAGCGGCAACGGGGCGGCGGGGCCCCUGCUCCCGACGCUCCCAGUUCUCCUGGUGUCUCUCUCGGCAGCUUUAGCGACCUGGCUUUCCUUCUAAGCGCGGGGCCACCUCCCCUCCGCGCCCACCCACACUCACUCCAUGCUCCCGGAAAUCGAGAGGAAGAUCCAUUCGUUCUUUGGGGACGUUGUGAUUCUCUGUGAUGCUGAAAAAAAAAAAAAAAAAACACUCAUAAUAGGAUUGUGGGAAAUCCUGAUUCUCUCUUUUUUUUUUAAAUUUCGUUUGAUUUCUUGUGUUUUAAUUUGCCAAAUGUUACCAAUCAGUGAGCGAGCAAGCACAGCCAAAAUCGGACCUCAGCUUUAGUCCGUCUUCACACAAAAAAUAUGAAAACGGCAACUCACCCCCAUUUUUUUUUAAUUUUUAAUUUUUUUGGCAAAAGAAUCUCAGGAACGGCCCUGGGCCACCUACUAUAUUAAUCAUGUUAAUCACAUGAAAAAUGAUGGGCUCCUCCUAAUAGGAAAGCGAGGAGAGGAGAAGGCCAGGGGAAUGAAUUCAAGAGAGAUGUCCACGUGGGAAGCAUAUGGUGAAUAAUUCACGCUCACGUCUUUCUUCCACAAUAUCUUGUUUUGAUCAUUUCCACUGCACAUUUCUCCUCCAGAAAGCAAAAUGACAGAUUAUUGGCUUUAGGGUUUUAUGGGUAGGAGGGAGAGAGGAAGGGGUUUGGCAACUCUGGCAUCAUGGUAAAAGGUCUCAGAAGCAAUGCUGCUAAGGUCACUGAGGGGUUAGCUUUACCUGCUGUUGUUGAUGCAUCUUUCAAAUCCACUGCCUUUAUUUUCCCUCCUCUCUCGUUUCAGCUGUUACACAUACAGUAAUACCUGAAUAUCCAGUGGUAUAGAUCACAAGGGGGGGGGAUGUUAAAUGUUAAUCUAAAAUAUAGUUAAAAAAAGAUUUUGACAUAAAAGAGCCUUGAUUUUAAAAAAAAGAGAGAGAUGUAAUUUAAAAAAGUUUAUUAUAAAUUAAAUUCAGCAAAAAAAGAUUUGCUACAAAGUAUAGAGAAGUAUAAAAUAAAAAGUUAUUGUUUGAAA